AUGGCGUACAAAAUCGCCCAGAGACGCAACCGCAAGCAGAUGAGCGAGAAAUGGACGCUGCUCAAAGACUCGACGCUGAUUUUCCGGCCCCGAAACAGCGCAAACCCAUUGGUGCUGCCGCCGAUCGAGCAGAUCAACAGCGACCUGGCCAACUUCGUGCUCCGGCGUGUCUCUGACGCGUUCCUGCUGAACGAGGAUGGCGUUGCAGACUACUUCAACGUCCAGUCGGUCAACGACAUUGCUCUGGGCGUUCUGGACGGCGUGCAGUACGACUGGAACGUCUCACUACAGACAAUCAACGGUGUCGUCCAGGAAGUGGAGGAUAUGAUAACAGUACAAAGCAGAUAUCUCUACGACAAACGGACCUUUUGGAGCAAAGCAUCAGCGUCGGCAAGAGCCAGUGCGUGA